AUGCAUCUGCAGCACAACCACGUGCACAGUGAAAGUGACAUGAAAAUCAAAACCUAGACCUACAAUAUAGUCUACCUGUGCUGAAGGCUUUUGAAUUUCGUGGUCGCAAGUACGAUUCGCAAAUGUGUAAUUUAAAUUUUGCAAGCUUGUAUCAUGAUGUGUGAAAUAUUUAACAACGGUCGCAAACUUGUAACUUGACAUUUGAAUACAUUCAAUAAGAUUUGCAAGUAUAAUUUAUUUUCAGAAUGAUUUCAAAGCCAUUUACAAGUAUGAAUAUUCUGCUGUGAAUCAAAAAUAGUGUUAUUUGCGCUCUGGGGGUAGGACCUUUUACUCCUGACCAAUCAGUUCCCGCUACCAAAAACACAACCGUCUAACCAUUGGCUGGAUUGAUCCAUCAAUCAAAUCUCAGAGUUGUAGCUCCCUACAUUAGCAAGAGAGGAUGAGGUAAAUGAAACCAAAACGAUCUACUUGAAAGUAAUAAUCGAUUUUGUUUUAUUUGUAAAAAGGCAUGACAGUAGUUUGCUUAUCAUGUGAACUACAAUGGUACAUUUCAGACAAACUCCAGACCAACCAUUGCAUUGACAGCCGCUAUUGCAUUAGCUAGCAGUGAUGGUGGGAGUUAGCUAGCUUUCCCCCAGUAGUUUUAAUUUAGCCAGCUUUCUAAAUGGCAUUUAUAAAUCAACUUAACUAGCAAAUAUAUUUGUUUUCCCCUCGCAUCUAAAGCUGCCUGAUAAAGCUAGCCAGUUAAUAUUAAAGCUAGGAUGAAUGGCAGGGAUGUAGCUCAAUAUCGCAAUAUCGGCUGUCAAUGCAAUGGCUGGUCUGGAGUUCGUCUGAAAUGUAGCAUUAUAUUUGACAUGUUAAGUAAACUACUGUCAUGCUUUUUCACAAACAAAUUAAAAAUAAAACACAGAUAAGAGACGAUUACCUUCAAGUAGAUCGUUUUGGUUUAAUUUACCUCCUCUCUUGUUAAUGUGGGAGGUACUUCCUGAGAUUUGAUUUGAUUUGGUGGUCCUCUGUAGCUCAGCUGGUAGAGCACGGCGCUUGUAACGCCAAGGUAGUGGGUUCGAUCCCCGGGACCACCCAUACACAAAAAAAUGUAUGCACGCAUGACUGUAAGUCGCUUUGGAUAAAAGCGUCUGCUAAAUGGCAUUAUUAUUUAUUAUUAUUAACAAACAUUACAGGCUAGGUAGUUGUGGUUUUGGCAGAGGGAACUGAUUGGUUAGGAGUAAAAUGUCCUGCCCCCAGAGCACAAAUCACAUUUUUACUUGCGAAUAUCUUUCUACAAACUUAAACUUUUUACAAGCGUAUUUAUCUCUUGGUAACGUGACAGAACUCCAAGCACGUGCAGAUUCAAAAUCUUCACGUGUAUUUUUGAUUCACAGCAGAACAUUCAUACUCGUAAAUGGACUUGUAUUAAUUCAGAAAAUAAAAUUAUACUUGCAAAUCUUAUGAUUGUAUUCAAAUGUCAAGAUACAAGUUUGCUACCAUUAAAUAUUUAACACAUAAUACAAGCUUAAAUGACACAUUAGCGAAGCCUACUUGCAACCACGAAUCUCAAUGUGCAACCACGAAACUCAAAAUACAAACUCACGUAUUUAUGUAAACGACACGGGUAAGGUUCAAACACAGAUAGUGAGCGUUCUCAAAGAAAACUAUAUCAGAAAACAGCAGCAAGCGUCAAUACAGGAAAAAGAAACCAUCGCAUAGAAGCAGCAGCACAAUGAGUGAGCGGACCCGUUCAGUUUAAAUACUCCGCCACAGUGGUCGCGUCAUUAUACACAUAAAACCUAGCGGUGAAAUGUUUCCAAUCGUCUUUCCACCAUUCAUUUUUCAAACACUUCAAAUUAAGUAUCUGUUAAGUGUAGGCUUACCUUGGCGUGACGUUUUGAUAGCCGUGUAAUUCUCUCUCGGACAAGGUGAGUUUUAUCAAUAUAUUCGUCUCAAUUUACUCUAAAAAAAUGUAAACGCUAAUUAGCAACUGAGAAGACCUCAUCAAGACUACAAAUUCCUGCAGGAAGCUUCUGCCAGCUUCCCUAGCCAACUCUGUCAGCUACAAUUCACCAGCGCGAUCAGAGACCUGUACCCAAUCCAUGAUGAAUCCAUGUGUUCUAUUGAAAUUAAUUGAAUAAAGUGUUGAACUUCUUCCGUCCCCGUUCUCUGGCUUAAUUAGCCGCUGACGACGCUUUAGCUAGCUAGUUAACAGAUCAGUAGAUACAAAAAUAAUGUUGUAUUACUUAGCCUAGAUAAGUGUUUGUACAGGAUGUCGACUUAGGUGUCUAUUUCAGACCUUACGGUAUUUUUCAAGGAUGAGCGUUAAAAGGGGAGAAUACCACUAUGUCUGGCCAUGUGGAGAAAUGCAGCUAUAGUGAGGGGCAAUUUACUGGUUUGGUCAGGGCCAGCAUGAGGGAUAAAGUUUGUCCUGUGUCGGUGAGUGUAGCUAUUAAGUUAAGUUUGAGCAUCUUAUCAAUACAAUGUUUUCUAUACAGCUGUCAACAUUCUACAAGGAAAGAGGCACUUAAUCAAUUAUAUAAUCAUUAACCAGAUUACCAGAUUUAGAUGAGUGAUAACUCAGUUCUAGAAUGUUGUCAUUGAUGAGAAUGAAUAAAAAUUGUAUUGACAUUCAGAAUUGACUUUGUUUAGACAGCCAGCCUGUAUCCAGUAUUGUAGUUGCAUGACCAGAGACAAAUCUUCAAAGGCACAGUAUUUAUGUAUUCGGAGGGGUUCAUGCAUUCACACAGUCUUGAUUUAUAGGAUCCUUCCCACUAUAUGAUUGAUAUGUCAAGUGAUAAAAUCCCAAGUUAUCAAUUCAAAGUUUAGGGAAAAAUUGCACUUGUGAAAAUGACAGUUUAUUAAAUAUUCUACAGCUGCAAUGUCAUCAAUCAAAUCAAACUUUACUUAUAUAGCACAUUUCUUACAACCAAUGCAUUUCAAGGUGUUCAAAGUCAUGUAUUGAAAGGCAUGUGGCACUUAACAUCCUUCCUCUUGGCAGGUCUCUAUAGGUGACCAGGGGAUUCUCUACCACAUGUGAAUGCUUCCGUGGAGCUCAUCAGUGUAACCAUGCAGCCCAUUUUGGCAGUCCACAAUAUCGGCCGUAAGGAUGUGGAAUAUGAGUGCGGGAAGCCAGCCGUGCCCAACCAGGUGCAGUCAGUGGAGGACCUGUACCUGGCCAAGGACUACAACCCUCUGUCCCAAGAGCCCACAGAGGAGUAUCUUCAGUGGCUAAGGAACCAUCUCCAGGGCAGGUUCAGUGGAAUGGCAUGUCUCCUUGAACCUGAGCCAGAACAACCGCUACCCUCCCUGUCAUCCCUGUCUGUACCGGAUAUUGUUAAGAAACAAGGGCAUCAGGGGCAUCCUGGCUGGCAUGACGCUGUUGGUAGAGCAUGGCGUUUGCCAUGCCAGGGUUGUGGGUUCGAUUCCCACGGGGGGCCAGUAUAAAAAAAAUAAUGUAUGCACUCACUAACUGUAAGUUGCUCUGGAUAAGAGCGUCUGCUAAAUGACUAAAAUGAAUGACGGGUCACCACUGGUUCAUUGUACAGUCAAGUACUGAGAGAGAGAGCCUACAUGAAGUUGGUUCCUGUUUCAGUCACGUCUUUGGUCACAUUCGCAUGGGUCAAACAAGAACACCCUAAUGAUUGGUUGACAGAGCCUCCCACAAUGCAGGUGAUGGCUGCAGGAUGAAGUUGUGCUGCGUUCAAAACAACUGGAAACUUGGAAAUCUCAGACUUUAGUGCAUUCAAGACAACUGGGAACUCUGGAAAAAACGAGCUACGACUGGGAAAAACAGUUUUGAACGGUCAUCUAACUCAGAAUUCCAAGUUGGAAACUCUGGCAUCUUUCUAGAGCUCCAACUUUCCAACCUGAAGAUCACUGACUUCAUGAUAAUAAUAAAAAAUUGGAGUUCCUAGUUGUCUUGAAAGCACCUUUGGUGAAGAGCAACUGCAGAAACUUGCAGUCGACUGCAUUCAAAACUUCAUGCAGUCCAUGUAGGCGCAAGUUGGAAAAUGUUUAACCCCAUAAUGCAACACACUUUGAAAGACUUGACAAUGGUGAUCCGCUCGAACGCGGCCAUUGAUUAAUGGGUGUUCCUCUGCCCAGGCGUUGCUGAUGCCAGCCAGAUCUUAAAACGCCUGGAUAGGUAUUUUACGUAUCAGCUAACCACAUAUGUUAUAGCAAUCUGUCAGUUGAUGACACAGUUGAUGAUGUGCUGGGGAACGAGACUUUAAUGUAUGAGGGAGUUAUUUUAAGCAGGCUGGAUUGAAUCGGGCAAAGGCCCUUCAUGUCAUUGGGCGAAAGCGGAGCGGGAGGAGCACCCUUUUCAAAUAGAGCAGUAAUCUGCACCGCUCUGUCAUGUUGUCAACAAGGCAGCAUAGUGCGUCGUCCAGAAACAUACCAUUUUCAAACUAGUUUUCAUUGGGAAGGCAGAUAAAGCGUUUUUAUCAAAAGCAAUCACUUUUGCAUGGGAAAACAAAGAAUCCUAACUAUACGUGCGUAAUUACAUCACUUUUGUUUUGAGCAGACUUUGCCGUUGGACAGAGCGGGGCACCGCACCUGGCUCAGGCCCGGGAGGCAACCCGGUUCCAAAUCGAAUGCGAUCAACUUUCAGCCGGUGCAAAACACGCCUGGGCGAGAUUAAUGAAUCCCCUCUGAGAAACUGCUUUAUCAAGGUGUGUCUGUUUCAUAGAGAUUGAUAGAGGCCUCUAGUAGCCAAAAAUAAGUUUUAGCAUGGGCAGCACCAUUGAGGGUUUCCACCAUUUUAAAGUAGUUAACUGGGUGCAGAAUAUGUGAGCGGAGCUGGAGCGGAGCGUGCCCAAUUUCACUGGAGCGCUGAGUUUCUCGGCCUUCUCGUACGCUCCAAUUUCGCUCCAGUAGCGCUCAAUUCACGAACUCAGGGCAUGCCCGGCCCAGCAUGCAUUUGUAGACUACUUGUGUGCUGCUAUAGCCCCUUGCUUUAGUUACUGUCAUGGAGUACGCUAAAUAUUUUCAUAAAGAAACUGAUAAAACACACAGGUGCAAAAUCAAGGUGACUUACAAAGAUGAGGACCAAGAGCAAGAGAGGGAGUGCGGUGAUGUAAUGUCCACAACUAAAUCAUUGUGGAAUCUGAAAAGACACAUAUCCCGAAAGCAUGAUGGUGUAGGCCUACUUACUAUGUGCACAUGCUAAAAGAAAGGAACGAGGUGGGUAGAUAACUAAGUGUGUCAUUGUAGCAAAGUAUUUAUAAACUAUAAAUCAGAUCUCUUAAAAGUUUCGUUCAUUUUUGUUAUAUUAUUUAUACAGUAGGCCAUACUUUCUGCCCAAUAGGCCUGGCAUAUUCCCACUUUCAAGGAGCUUUCUAUUUUGAUUGGGUUAUUUAGCCUAAAAACCUUUAGGACUACCUAAUUGAAAAAUUAAAAAAACAACUGCAUCUCUGCCCAGCCUGGCAAGAUUGGCCAAAAGGGUGUUUAGCAUCCCCAGUGGCUCUACAAGCGCAGAGAGGAUAUUCUCCGCUGCUGGCCUGCUCUCCAGGCACCAUCACAUGAGCUUGAAGCCACAGACUGGCCAAACUUGUGUUUCUAAAAAUGAAUUCAAAGGCACCGUGGACUGAGCCUAAAAAGCCAUUUUCCGUUUAAUUUGUAUUUAAUUCUAAGUAAGUAAAAUGUUGUUUAAAUGCUGAGCGCUUAAUGUCCCUACCAGUCUAUUGUGUCGCACUUACAAAUGAUUCAUAAUGUAUUUCUUUGUAGGCUAUAUCCUUGAAAUAAUUGAAAUAAUAAAGCCUAAAUAAUUAAUUUUUGUUCCUUUAGGCUCCCUGUCUACAUAGCCGCGGGAAGUAGGGGUGCUGGAAAAAUCAUUACAUUUUUAAAAAAUAUUUAUUUUUGUUUUGUUUUUUUAAAACAAUAUUUUUUUCACUAAAGUAGUUCACUGGGCCUUUAAUAGUCCUGUAUUAGCAGACCAAUAUCGCCUUCUGAAGCUUGGACAAAAACUCUACUUCCCCCAGCUAUGCCUGUCUGGCUCCUGACCUAUUUAGAGUGUUUAUAUGCAGUUUAAUAUGACAUAUAGCCUAUUUGAAAUGAUGAGCUCUUCUUACAUUCACCUUUUCAUGUUUAUUAAAAUACUUUUCAUUCAAAUCAUAUGGUUUUGUUUCAAUACUUCAAAACCAAACGGUAGGUCCAGGUAGUCACAAAAUAGAUGGGUGUUGGUUAAAUUGUGAUUUUAAUGAAUGGAGCGAAUUAGGAGCUGCAGUUUUUUCUCCUGUGAGGCAGAAAGGUUUUUAGCUGGAGUGGUUGGAAAGGACCUGAAGGUGCUUCAUUAGCGGUUCAACUCUGCUCACAUACUUUGACUGGGUGAGAUUUCUAUCGCUGCCCAUGCUGUCAAAGAGGCUAUAAUGGCUAUAAAGAUGAGUCCUCUAUCUAUCUCUAUGUAAUGUUUUCGCUCCCAUUUUGAUGAGGUUUUGCGAUAUCGGAACCAAGAACAAGUUUUACUGCUGCACUUCCUGUGUUUUUACCUGUUCUUUAUGAAACCAGGAAGAUGGUUUUGGAAUCGUCGAAAUGGCUUAUGUUCUUAGUUUGUUGGCAUUUCAAAAGUAAGAAUACCUUUCAUUUAUAACGUUAAUACUAGCUACAUGCUUUCACUUACCUAUAUCUUAUUACCGUUUUAGUUUGGCUGAGCAAGCUACAACCUCUUUGUUGGGGCAUUGGCUUUAUUGUAACUCAGCUAAAGUUAUAGCCCAAUUAUUUAGCCAACGAUGUUGCUGGCAGUGAGGUCCUAUAGAUAAUGCUUUAUAAUUUCACCCACGACAAACCGAAUUAUGUAGCAAGCUCUUUGAAGUCCCGUAUGCGAUGCACUUAGCUAGAUAGAUAGCUAGGUUAGCCAGCUGGCUAGCUAGCAAACUUGAGAAACUGAUACUUACUGUUGCUGCUAGUCACAACAACUUGAGUCAGCCUCAGCGUAAGCUCAAGGCAAGCAGUGGGUGGGCGGCUAUACAGGCAUUAUAUACUGAACAAAAAUAUAAAUGCCAACAUGCAAUAAUUUCAACGAUUUUACUGAGUUACAGUUCAUAUACGGAAAUCAGUCAAUUGAAAUAAAUAAAUUAGGCCCUAAUCUAUGAAUUUCACAUGACUGGGCAGGGGCGCAGCCAUGGGUGGGCAUAGGUUUUCCCCCAAAAGGGAUUUAUUACAGACAUUUUACAUUUACAUUUUAGUCAUUUAGCAGACGCUCUUAUCCAGAGCGACUUAUAUAUACAUUAUAUAUAUAUAUAUAUAUAUAUAUAUUUUUUUUCAUACUGCCCCCCCCUCCACGUGGGAAUCGAACCCACAACCCUGGCGUUGCAAACGCCAUGCUCUACCAACAUCCCCUGCCGGCCAUUCCCUCUCCUACCCUGGACGACGCUGGGCCAAUUGUGCGCCGCCCCAUGGGUCUCCCGGUCGCGGCCGGGAGACCCAGAAAUACUCCUCAGCUACAGAAAUACUCCUCAGUUUCAUCAGCUGUCUGGGUGACUGGUCUCAGAUUAUCCCGCAGGUGAAGAAGCUGGAUGUGGAGGUCCUGGGCUGGCGUGGUUACGCUAGGCUGGACAAUAGAAUGAGUCAAAAUUCACCCAAGGCUGAAAAACGGGAAUAGAACGUUGGCUAAGCUGGAAAACUAGCGCGAGCCCAUAGCAAAUGAAUUGAAUCGAACAUUCGCAGAGCCUAUUUUGACUGGAAUUAUGCUUAGAAAUUCAAUUUUGCCUAAAUGGCACCAAAACAUGUAUACCUUUUCAAUUUACCACUACAAUCUGUUCUUAGGACGAAACUGAAAAAUAACAUAUUGUGUAGAAAGUAAACAUCCACACCUCGAUGGUGUCAACUGUGCAUAUGUCUGCAUAACGAGGAAGUAGGAAACAAAUGGCAACUUCUGACUAUUUCUGGUCUAGUGAUCGAUGACAACGGAGUACGCUGCCCAGCCUUACAUAAUUAGAAAGAGAAGAUUGUCGUGAUUAAAAUGGUGUCCUACUUGAAAAAAUCUAAAUGUGCACAUUGCGAGAUAUUUGGCGAAAUAUACCAGCAUGCCUCUCCAUAGGAAAACAAUGGGGGGAGUUCAGCGUUCCAAGGGCAAAAAGUAUUUAGGGGUUAGCGUUUGACGACAACUGAGUACGCUGCCCAGCUUUACAUAAUUGAAAUGGUGCCCGACUUUAAAAAAUCGAAAUAUACACAAUGGGACGACCUCAGAGUUCCAUGAGUAAUUUUAUGUUGUUGUUGACGUUUUAACUACCAGCAAUUGGUUCAACCUGGGCAGGUCUCAUUGCCAACAAUAGCGAAUCAGGCAUUGUGACGUAGAACAAUGGGCUGGGAAUAAAACAUUCGGAAGGCGAGUUGGUGUCACGGUGCUCAAUGGAACUAAUUGGAGCUGGCAGGGUGAAAAAUACCCUGAAAUAAGGCCUGUUUUUUCGUGAUUACUUCAAAACUACGGCAAGCAGCUGGGACAUAUGGUAAUAUUAUGAAACUGGGCUCCACGGCGGAUGCAAUGAACUAGUUUUUAUCAGAAAAAAGCGUUGUUAAAAAUGUUGUGUCCAGCCUAGUUACACGUGGUCUGCGAUUGUGAGGCCGGUUGGAAGUACUGCCAAAUUCUCUAAAAUGAAGUUGGAGGCAGCAUAUGGUAGAGAAAUGAACAUUCAAUUCUCUGGCAACAGCUCUGGGGGACAUUCCUGCAGUCAGCAUGUCAAUUGCACGCUCCCUCAAACCUUGAGACUUCUGUGGCAUUGUGUUGUGUGACACAACUGCACAUUUUAGGGUGGCAUUUUAUUGUCCCCAGCACAAGGUGCACUUUUGUAAUGAUCAUGAUGUUUAAUCAGCGUUUUGAUAUGCCACACCUGUCAAGUGGAUGGAUUAUCCUGGCAAAGGGAGAAAUGCUCACUAACAGGGAUGUAAACAAAUUUGUGUGCAAAAUGUGAGAGAAAUAUGGGACCAACACUUUACAUGUUGCGUUUAUAUUUUUGUUCAGUAUAUGUAGGCUUUAGGGUGACUCAGGAUGAAAGAACAUUAGACGUGUAUAUAAUGUUGACAUUCUAUUUAUAUAUCUACUACUGUACAAAAAAAAAAUGUUGUGCUUAUUGGCAGUUACUGCAUUAAUUGAUAGGAACUAUGAACAUAAGCAUUUCGCUGCUAAACUGUGUACCGACCAAUAACAUUUGAUUUGGUUUGGUGUCUUGGGAAUACAUCAUUACAGAAACUGGCCACUUCAAUUCAAUUGUAUUUCUCCUUUUGUCUUUCAGAUGUGAGUUGUAACUCUGUUGCGCAGAAGAUUUAUGUCGAGCUGAAUAACACUGUACCAUGCGUCCGACUGCUCAAUGCUACACAUCAGAUUGGUUGCCAGUGUGAGUGACAUGACCCACACACUCUGCUCGGUACAAUACUGUGCUCUGUGUCCUUGCUGUAUUUUUGUAAUGCUGGAAUACAAACUGUUGAACAUUUGCAUAUUAAGACAAGCAUUUUUUCUAUCCUGUGUCUCAGCCUCGAUAUCAGGUGAUACAGGGGUGAUCCAUGUCUUGGAGUCUGAGGCAGAUCUGGAAUGGCCUUUGAGCAAAGGACCCAAUCCUCCUUAUAUGGUCCUGUUGGAGUCAUCCCUCUUCACCAGGUAGGCUACACACAGCCAAAAACAGUCAACUCCAUCUCCAUUCACCUCCAGAACAAAGUUGGAACACACUCACUAUUGUUCAGCACCACAAUGAUAUGAUCUAUAUCCUAGUAGCCCCGUCAUACUCAAACAUUGUCUUCAUUUUACAGGUCCAUCAUGAUGAAGAUGAAGAAUGCCUCCAGCAGGGUGGCAGGGGUUGUGGUGGUCCUAAAAACUAGCCCACCAGAGUUCUCGCCACAUACGACAUGCCCCAAUGAGAACACAGGUAGGUGGAUCAGAUGUUAGGACUCCAGUCCGUCAAAAUGACCAUAUGAUCUUUGCUAACCAGCAUGCUUUUUGAAUGUUGUUUGUUUACUUUUAUCCUCAGGUGUAUACACGGACACCUAUGAUCAUAAUUUGGCGCACUGUAACACGACUGUAUGGAACCCUCAGGGGAACGGUCUAUCCUAUGAGGAAUUUGACUUCCCUGUCUUCUCCCUGAAAGAAGACAACGAAACAGAGGUCAUCAAACAGGUGAGGAGUCACUUCAAGCAGUCACAACCCAGUCUGGUAAAAUCAUGUCACUUACUGACAAUAAACUGUCUUUAUCCAAAGAACAGAGGUGAUGUCUUAUUCUACAGUAUUUCUGUGUAUUAAAACAAUGUGCUCUUCAUUCUGAUAAAUGUAUCCACUCUCUACCUGCAGUGCUACUUUGAUCAUAAUCGUGCGGUGAACGGCAGUGGCCUGCAGUACCCUCUGUGUGCCAUGCAGCUCUUCUCUCAUAUGUAUGCUGUCACUGACACUGCAACCUGCAUUAGACGCAAAAACAUCGACUUCAGCAGCUCCCCAGGUAUACAAAGAUGCAUUAUUGUGUAUGCGUGAAUAGUCAAUACACACACUGUCAUGUAAAUCUCACAGACAUCUCUCUCGCUCUCUCCCCUCUCUGUCACAGUGAUAGUGUGUGACCCUCUUGGUGAUUAUAAUGUGUGGGCUUCCAUCCGACCUUAUAACAACACCGCCUUUGGUCACAAGGAGAAUGAGAGCGUCGUUAUAGCAGCAGCCAGGGUGAGUGACACAUUGAGGCCCUGCCUCCCACUGACACAUCUUGUCACAUGUUCACAGAUGUCUAAGCCUUUUGAAAUCUGCAAAAUAGUAGAUACAAGAUGAGCCACAUUCUAGUGUGUGUUAUACACAUCCUGAAAAGUGCUUUGGUAAUUUGCUCAGUACCAUUUCCUUCAUGGUUUUUCCUUGUUUGGAGUUUAUGGACAAUUUACUGGACACUUUGCAUCUUUCUCCGUUUUUGUAGCUGGAUAGCAGGUCAUUUUUCUUGCAGGAUUCUACAGGAGCGGAGGGGAGUAUCUCAGGGUUUGUCACUCUGCUGGCUGCUGCCCAGGCACUACGUGAAGUCACUCAGGAGGCCCCUCCCACACGGAAUAUCCUCUUUGCCUUCUUCCAAGGGGUGAGUUCCUUCUGUCUCCCUGAGCAAGUCAAUCUGCGGUAUGUCAAUUAUGUGGUCACUUUAUCAUAUAGCAGUAUUGUUUAGUGUUGUUGUACUGUAUGAGAGAGGAUGUUUAUAGCUUAUUCCUCUCUUUCAGGAAGUAUUUGACUACAUUGGCAGCUCUCGAAUGGUUUACGACAUGAAGAAUGACAAGUUUGUGAUAGACCUGGACAAUGUUCACUCAAUACUGGAGAUUGGACAGGUUAAGACAUAUGUAUAUGUUCUCAUUGAAUACUCAAGCAAACAACAGGCAUCAAUGAGUAAAACACAUGGAUAUACAAUCAACAAAUAACGAUUCAUCUGUUAUGUAAUGUGUUAGGUAGCCGUGCGCAGUGGCGCCAACCUAUUUCUCCACUCAGACCCUGUGUCCAGGAGGAACUACACCGUCAAUAACGAGGUAAGGUGGAGUGAAAUGCUUCUAUUUGUGCCUCUCUUGUCUGGUCCAUCCCAUCCACCCCUUUUUUCUAUAUUCUCUUCAUUAUAAUAAUAAUAUAAUAAUAAUAUGCCAUUUAGCAGACGCUUUUAUCCAAAGCGACUUACAGUCAUGCGUGCAUACAUUUUUUGUGUAUGGGUGGUCCCGGGGAUCGAACCCACUACCUUGGCGUUACAAGCGCCGUGCUCUACCAGCUGAGCUACAGAGGACCACAUAUGCUCAUUCUCAACCCUCUUUUACCAACCUCUUCCUCUGUUUCAGGUUACGAAUCUUGUGAACAACUUGCAGUCCUCCACGGCUGGGCUCAACUUCUCAUUGGUUGAGGCAGGUUUUUCUCAGCCACUCCCGCCCUCCUCCCUCCAGCGUUUCCUCCGAGCUCGGGCAAUUCCAGGGAUUGUGCUUGCAGACCAUCAAACUGCUUUCAACAACAGGUGAGUGUUUGACUAUGGGCCGUCGUUGCUGUUCAUUUUUAUUACUGCAAUCUUUAUCUUGCCUGAUAUUGAUUUUAUUAGUAGUGAGGAGUGUUCUAGCCUGUUUACCAAUGUGCAGGUACUAUGAGAGUUUUUACGACAACGCUGCCCACCUGAACCUGACUUAUCCAUCUAACUUGAGUCCAGAGGAACAGCUAGAGUUUGUUACUGAUACUGCAAAGGUAUUGUUACCAUAGUAAACCCAAUGGUGGAUUUAUUUGUAGUAGUCACAGUUUCCAUUACAUUGUCCACUGUCUGUUACAAUAAUAUCUCUCGCUCUUCCCUCCCUCACUGUACUCUUUCAGUCUCUUACCGAGGUGGCUACUGCGGUUGCCCGCGCUCUCUACAAGCAGGCUGGGGGAAAUGACGCCCAAGUCAACAACAUCAACGCAGACCCCAAAAUGGUAAGACCCGAUGAUUGAUGACCUGUUCAGCUGUUGUACAUGUCAAACUGAUCAGUCAUACUGUUAUAGUCUGUUAUUUUCCAUGACACUGUCAAUGUCUGUUAACAUAUGUCACUUGUUCAUUCUCAACGUCUAACAUCUUUUAAAAUUCAAGUUUUUGGGACAGUGAGCAGAAUUGUUUGACCAGUACUAUGCAUCUCUCUCUCAGGUGACCCAGAUGCUGUAUGGGUUUCUGGUUAGAUCCAACAACAGCUGGUUUCAGGCAGUGAUGGCCCCAGAACUGAAGGACUUUCUCCGUGAGUUUUAGUCUGAUACUUUUUCACAGGGACACACCCUUUGACACUACAGAGGCAUUCUGCUACUACCGACGUCGUAAACACACAUGCAGAUAUGGACUAGUCACAGACACAUUCACAUACAUAAAGAAGGUACUUGGGUCUUCAUUGCGUUGUGUUUUCUGUCUCUCAGAGCCCAACCCACCGCAGUACUACGUUGGGGUUGCCAGGUCGUCCCAUCAGGCAAAGGCACUGACCAGUCUGGUCCAAUAUCUCCUGGCCAAUUUAACGGGAACAGCCACCAACCUCACCCAGAGCCAGUGCCAGAAGCCAGAUGAGCUGCCGAACGAGAGCACACAUGUAAAUGUGCUACUGGAUCUGUCCGUCUGUGCUGAUGGAUAGAUGUACAGCUGUUUACAAAUAACAAAAAUGUGUUUAUUUGCACACUGUAUUGCUGGAACCCCACCACACUCUGAUUCGCUCCUUCUCUCCCUCAGAUGUACUCCUAUCUCUGGGUUCAGGGCAUGGUCCCACCCAACAGCACCCAGAGGGAGUCUUUCUGCGUACGCGCAGCAGUACGCCUGGCCAAGGCAGAGUCCCCUGCCUUCGAGCUGGAGGAUUACACUUCCAAAGAAUAUUCCACGUGGACAGAAUCGCAGUGGAAGUUCAUCAAAGCUAGAAUUUUCCUAGUAGCCAGCCGGGACCUGGAGGUAAAACUGCACUCAAUUUUCCCACCGUGAUCCAUUUGUUUAAUCAAUUACAGUUUUGUUGUUUACGUUAAAGUAGUUCUGUUUUGAUUUCUACACGUUUGACUGUAUUCAUUGGUUGAUAGAGUUGAUGGUAGAAAAGAAUCAAAUUAUUUACCUUUUCUUUCCUCUUCAUUUCUCUCUCAUAGGUGCUGACCUUAGGCGUGGGAGUGGCCGUAUUGUUCACAUCCCUACUGGUGACAUACUUUGUCAGUACCAAGGCAGAUGUCCUCUUCAGCGACGUCAGGGAACCCGCCAGAGCCGCAUACUGA